UAGUUGUACCAACAUGUAUGUGUUCUACUGCAUAGCUCUCUUGUUCAUCAAAAACCCAAUUCAAUUUCCCCUUUAAUUCCAAUUGUGUUUACUGGAUUUCAAGAAAAUCUGUACCCUUUAGUGUUUUUGCUCAUUGAAGUUUACUGGGAAAAAUUUCGAUCAAUUCGAUGAACAACAAGGUUCCAUGAGUUCAAAUAUAUCAAGAAGGAUCUUUAAUGGAGCAUUGUUCUGGAGAAAAUGCUGAUAUAACUGAAUGGGAGAUUGACGACUAUAAAGAAAAAUCUUAUGUAGAGCUGAAGUGUGGAAAUCAAUCUUUUAAGAUAUCAGAUGUGGCUUACACUUGUCCCUAUUGUCCAGAGAAAAGAGGGCGUCACCUUUUCUAUGAAGAUCUCUUGCAGCAUGCAAGUGGAAUAGGAAAGUCUACGAUACGAACUGCAAGAGAUAGGGCCAAGCAUCUUGCAUUGGCCAAGUACUUGGAAAGCGACGUAGCAGGUGCAGUUGGUCCAUCAAACUCUAGUAAAGAGUUGAAGAGUGGAAGUCACUCUUUUAGGAUAUCAGAUGUAGCUUUUGCUUGCCCCUAUUGUCCGGAGACAACAAAAAGAGAUUUUUCCUAUAAGGAUCUCUUGCAGCAUGCAAAUGGAAUAGGAAGCUGCAACUCUAUGAAGCGAACUGCAAGAGAUAAGGCGAACCAUCUUGCAUUAUUCAAAUGCUUGGAAAAUGAUGUAGCAGGUUCUACCAGUUCAGCAAAAUCUUAUGAAGAGUCGAUUAGUAGAAAUCAACCUAAGAUAUCAAAUAGGACUUUUGCUUGUCCCUAUUGUCCGGAGACAAGAGAGAGAAAAUUUUCUUAUAAGGAUCUCUUGCAGCAUGCAAAUGGAAUAGGAAGCUCCAACUCUUUCAAGCGAACUGCAAGAGAUAAGGCGAACCAUCUUGCAUUAGUCAAGCACUUGGAAAAUGAUGUAGCAGGUUCUGCCAGUUCAUCAAAAUCUUAUGAAGAGUGGAGGAGUGGUUCUCUUAAGAUAUCAAAUAUGGCUUUUGCUUGCCCCUACUGCCCAGAAACAAGAAACAGACAUUUUUCGUACAUAGAUCUCUUUCAGCAUGUAAAUAGUGUAGGAACCUGUAACUCUAUAACGCGAACUGCAAGUGAUAGGGCCAAGCAUCUUGCAUUAGCCAAGUCCUUGGAAAAUGAUGUAGCAGCCGGUAAAUUAAAAUCUUAUGAAGGGUUGAAGAGUGGAAAUAACUCUUUAAACAUAUCAGAUAUGACUUCUGUCUAUGCCUAUCCAGAGACGAGAAACGGAGAUUCUUCAUACAAGGAUCUGUUGCAGCAGGCAAGUGGAGUAGGAAGUAGUAACUCUAAGAAGCAAACUGCAAGGGAUAAAGGCAACCAUCUUGCAUAUGCCAAGUACUUGGAAAGUGAUGUAGCAGGUGCUGUUGGUGCAUCAAAAUCUUAUGAAGAGUCAGCAAGUGGAAAACACUCUUUUAAUAUGUCAGAUAGAACUUAUGCUUGUGCCUAUUGUCCAGAGACGAGAAACAGAGAUUUUUCGUACAAUGAUCUCUGGCAGCAUGCACUUGGAGUAGGAAGCUGUGACUCUAAGAAACGAACUGCAACGGAUAAGGCUAACCAUCUUUCCUUGUCCAAGCACUUGCAAAAUUUUGCCAAAUACUUGGAAGAUGAUGUAUCGAGUGCUGCCAAUACAUCAAUGCCUUAUGAAAGAUUGAAGAAUGGUAAUCACUCCUUUAACAAUUCAGAUGUGGCUUUUGCUUGCCCUUAUUGUCCAGAUACUAGAAACAAAGAUUUUUCAUAUAAGGAUCUCUUGCAGCAUGCUGGUGGAGUAGGAAGCUGUAACUCUAAGAAGCGAACUGCAAGAGAUAAGGCCAAUCAUCUUGCAUUGGCCAAGUACUUGUCAAGUGAUGUUGCAGGUGGUCCUGGUAAAUCAAUAUCUUAUGAAGAGUUGAAGAGUGGAAAUAACUCUUUCAGCAUACCAAAUGGGGCUUAUACUUUUGCCUAUUGUCCAAAGAAAAGAAAGCAAGAUUGUUUGUAUAAGGAUCUCAUGCUGCAUGUCAGUGAAGCAGGAAGCUGUAGCUCCAAUAAGCGAACUGCAAAAGAUAUUACUUUUGCCAAGUAUUUCGGAAACGAUGUAGCAGGUGCUGCUAGUCCAUCAAAGCCUGAUACUCUGGGUAAUCCUCAGGUUGAUUCUCUUGCAGAUCAGGAUCUUUCGGAGAUGUUUGUGUGGCCGUGGAUUGGGGUUGUUGUGAACCUUCCCACUGAAUUUAAGGAUGGUCGCUAUGUAGGAGAAAGUGGUUCUAAUCUGAAGGAUCGGUUGAUAAGGAAAGGUUUCAAUCCAACACGAGUGCGCACUCUUUGGAAUGACCUAGGCCAUUCUGGAAUUGCUCUUGUUGAAUUCAAGAAAGAUUGGUUUGGGUUCAGUAAUGCCAUAUCAUUUGAGAAGGCCUAUGAGGCCGAUGAUCAUGGGAAGAAGAAUUGGGAAGCCAAUAAUGACAAAAAAUCUGAUUUGUAUGCUUGGAUAGCUCGAGCUGAUGAUUAUCAGGCCACUAAUGUUGUUGGUGAAAAGCUCCGCAAAGUUGGAGACCUUAGAACUGUUUCUAGUAUCAUGGAAGAAGAAUCUCGCAAGAAUUGUAUACUUGUUUCUAGUUUAACCAAUGCCAUUGAAGUCAAGAAGUUGCACAUAAAGGUGUUGGAGGACAAAUUACGGGAGACUAUCCAGUCUGUCGAACAGUUGAUUGUGGUGAAUGCUAAACUUCGUCAAGCAAACAAUGAAGAAAUAAAAAAGAUCCAGUCAAGUGCGCGUGAUCAUUUCCAGCAGACAUUUAUUAAUCAUGAAAAGUUGAAGUUGCAAAUGGAAACUCAAAAAAAGGAGCUUGAUCUCCGACAUGAAGAACUGCAGAAACGUGAAGCCCAAAAUGAAAUUGAUAGGAAAAAACUAUCUGAAGAACAUGAACAGAAUGCCAUCCUAAAAACAUCCCUUAGUGCUGCGGUUGAAGAGCAAAAGAAUGUUGACGAAAAAGUACUGAAAUUUGCAGAAGAACUGAAGAAACAAAAGGAGGAACUCCAUAAGAGAAUUAUUAGGCUUGAGAAACAACUCAAUGCAAAACAAGCAAGUGAAACAGAAGUUGAGCGAUUGCGAGUGAUUAUUAAGCACAUUGAAGAGGAAGGUGAUCAGGAAGUUCUGGAAAACGUUGACACACUGCUUAAAAGUUUAAGAGAAAAGGAAGAAAAAUAUGAAGAUUUAGUGUCAUUGAACCAAACCUUGAUUGUGAAGGAGCGAAAGAGCAAUGAUGAGCUGCAGGAAGCACUUAAAGAAUUGGUUAAUGGCUUGAAGGAAUUACCUAGAAAAGGUCCUAUUGGUGUUAAGAGGAUGGGAGAGCUCGACAGCAGACCGUUCUUUGAAGCAGUGAAGAGGAGAUAUAAUGAGGUAGAAGCUGAGCAGAUAGCUUCUGAGUUGUGCUCGUUGUGGGAGGAGUACCUUAGAGACCCUGAGUGGCAUCCCAUUAAAGUUGUUGCCGUAAAUGGGAAACAUAAGGCUGUAAUAGACGAUGAAGAUGAAAAACUGAAAGACUUGAAGAGAACUUACGGUGAGGAUGUGUAUAAAGCUGUAACAACCGCUUUGAGUGAGAUUAAUGUAUAUAACCCAAGUGGAGGAUACAUCAUUUCGAAGUUGUGGAAUUAUGAAGCUGGUGAGAAAGCUACUCUGCAAGACGGAGUUACUGUGCUACUAAACCUCUGGAAAAAGAAAAUGACACUCAACUGAAUGUCAUUAGUAAAGGUUAGAGGAGCAUUGGAAAAUAUGAAGCGUAAGUUGGUGAGGAGCAUGAACUCGAGCUCGAGCUGCUUAAACACAGG